GUUUUUUGUUUUCAUUUAUAAGUUUCUCCAUAUAUCUUGUUUGAUAUUAUGUCUCUUUCCCUACAAGAAUUCAUUCCAUUGGCUACCUAGGUACGUACUUAUUUUGGUUGGCUUGCGAGUGGCCUAGUGGCUUGCGAGCCCCCAAAACUUCACUGAAACAUGUGUAGGGAGGCCUGUUGGUUGUGUUGUGUCAGACACUUCGUAAGCAUAAGCAGUUUUGCCUUUAUCAACGUGAAUCUAUUGUUGUCAACCUUCAUAUAUAACACACAGAGUGAGAAUGUUGCUUUUUAUCACUCUUUGGUUGCUAUGGUGCGAGUUUACAAUUGAACAGUUACCGCUAUCUCGUACUGCAGAGCAUCUUUGAGCAGCUUUUGGCCUAGCCCCUUUUGGCUUCAAAACUCAAGCGACUUUCCUUGAUUUCAAGCUUCCACCUAACACAGUUUUUCCUAUUACCGUCCCUCCAGAAGUUUUCUCAGACUCUUUCAUCAACUAUUGUUUUGCUUGUGGUCUGAUAGUGGGGCUCUUAUAAGGUUUACUUUUGCCCCACUUCGUGAGCGUGUCGGCACGGGUAAUCUCUUCCAUCCGCGUCGAUCUAUCAACACCACAACCCCAACAUCAACAACUCAAGGCAGGCGCAAUCGUCGAAAUGGCAAUCUCAAUGCCACCCCAAGAUGCUGCUGAUAGCCAUCCUCAGGCUGUCGCCUCUAGCGAGCUAAGCGAGGUAAACAAGCCAGAGGUCGUUACAAGUGGACCAGCACCAGCUUGCACUAUCGCCCCUGCACCACCACUAAAGGAACCGACUGAAGAAAACCACUCCCUCGCACAAGAACGUAUUGAUCCUACUGCAGAGUUUGAGGGGGAGGUUGAGACCGAUAACAGGCUACCAACGCAAAAAGUUCUGAAGGAAAUCGAAGGAAUGGUUGUUUUGGACCAGCAUGGCAAGACAGUCCCAUUCAAAGACUUGUACAAUGGACCCAAUGUUGCGCGCAGAGUUCUGAUCAUCUUUGUCCGUCACUUCUUUUGCGGUGUAAGUUAAUUUUAAUCGUAAUCCAAUGCGCGUCUCCAAUACUAACUGAUCUCUAGAACUGUCAAGAAUACAUCCGAACUCUCACUUCCUCAGUCACUCCAACCGAACUCCUCCAACUUCCCACACCUACCUUUAUCGCUAUUGUCGGUUGCGGCGACCCAUCUUUGAUUGAAAUGUGGUACGAGCAAACAAAAUGCCCAUUCCCAUGCUACUCCGAUCCGAACUAUAAGCUAUACAACGCGCUAGGCAUGGCGAAGACAUUGAACCUCGGUCCUCGCCCAGAAUACCAGCGAAGAAGCCUGGCCACACUAAUGACAGGAGCAAUCGUCCAAAGUAUCAAGAAGAUGAAGGAUGGCAAAGUUUUGAAAGGUGGUAGUCUUCAGCAAGUAGGAGGAGAGUUUCUAUUCGAGCCGAUUAAUGCUGCCACACCAAUCAACAGUCCAGCAAUUGAUAAUAGUGACAAAGGAAAGCAGCUUGGCGAAUCUGGAGCGAACGGGGACGUAGGCCGUGGAGGUUAUUUGGAGGAGAAGCGGGUGGCCUGGUGCCAUCGUAUGAGAACCACCAGAGAUCAUGCGGAGAUCCCUGAGAUACGCGAGGUCCUUGGCCUAUCUGGUCAAGGUGUCCCCGGUAAGGACGCUAAACGCUGGAGUAGAGCACUCAUUGAGCGCAAGGGAACUGGUCUCGGUGCCAUGAGCAGCUCAAGCAGUGCGAGCAGCAGCAAAGCUGGCAAACCAAGUGCUGAUACGACUAACGAGGGAUGAAUCAUGCUUUUGUAGUUGGGUCGCUACGAUACCUGGAGUACAGGAGUUGAACCGGAAAAUUUGACGCCAGGGAUAGGCAUUUGGAGCACU